GGAAACUAUUACGGAGUGCUGUCUCCCUGAUGAGCGUUAAAGUGAAUGGCCGCAUAACAAACACAUGCCAGCACGCCUACAGACAGCCAGGGAAAGAUUCAGACCCACGCUGAAUCAUUCACUACAGAUAAAAGCCACCCUGUUGUCCUCCGACUGAAAAGGGAGGGAGUGGAGUUAGAGGGGAGAAGUGGUGGUUCCCUCCUCCUCCUGGAUCAGUUCCUCUCUUCUUCUGUGCCGAGAAGGUCUGACUGCGCAGCCUAAAACUUCAUGCUGUGCGCGAGAGUUUGAUAAACCCCACACCGAUUGGAGCAGAACACAUGCAGACUCAGCAAAGUGCAGAAGUGCUCGGCCGUCUGAAUGGCUCCGGGCCCGUUUUCUCCGGAGAGCCGGGAAUUUCUUCAAAGCAGCAUGUUCUAACUUCUCCUGAGCUGACCCAUGAGGUGGUCAUCUCCCCUGGACUUCCUGCUUCUCCUCUGAGUCCUUAUGCGAGGAAGACGAUCGAAGAAGUCAAGGGGUCAGAGAUGAAUGGAGGAGGACCAUCAGCUCUUAGCUUUGGAUCAUACUAUGGACCUUCAGAAACACAAAGCAAAGUGCCGAACGGAGACCGCAGCUCCUCCACUCUACCCAGAAGCUGGGCACCUGUUCGGGAGGAGAGAUUCAUCAAGUUUUCCGGGAUAGGUCCUGUGGAUGAGAGCGGGAUGCCCAUCGCUUCCAGAUCUAGUGUCAACAAACCCAAAGACUGGUACAGGAGCAUGUUCAGACAGAUCCACAAGAAGCCAGAAGAGUUGGAGGAGUCUGAGCCCUGGCCGUCUGAACGUCUACAGUUGUCUGGCAGCGCAGAGACAAACGAUAAAGACGACCAGAAUCUUUUCAGACUAACACCUCAUGGAGCUCUGCCAGACUGGAGGGAGGAUGUCGAUAAGCUGUCAGACCCAGGGAAGCUUCAGCCACAGCCACGGAGCAUCUUUGAUUUUGAACCAGGAAAGAGCACAACCUCAGACAGCUACAGCCAGGUUUUUUCAUCCUCAAGAAAUCCGCCAGAGAAAACAAAAUCUCCUUCCAUUGAGGCCAGCUUGGUGUCCGAGCUGAGUCGCUUUGAGGCUGAACUGGACUCGGAGAUUCAGGGUCUGGAGAGGACACUUUCGCAGAAGAAGCAGCGUCGAGGCUGGGGUGAGGAGGCCAGAUCCAGGGAUCCAGUAGCUGCUCCAAACAUUGGUGCAACCACCCACAGCACUUCAUCAUCAGCACAGCCUUUCCAGCACUCUGGUGUAACGUCAUCAACGCCUGCUCCUGCGUAUGAAGUCGCUUCAUCAGCAAAUGAAACCAUGGAGCUUCCAUCAAAAAAAGAAGAGAAAAAGAUGAAAGCUGCAAGAGCCAAGUUUAAUUUUCCAGCUCAAUCACCCAAGGAGCUGACGCUGCAGAAAGGGGACAUCGUUUACAUCCACAGGCAGAUCGAUGCCAACUGGUUUGAAGGGGAGCACCACGGUAGAGCGGGCAUUUUCCCCACGUCUUAUGUGGAGAUUCUGCCUCCUACAGAGAAGCCGACGCCCAUCAGGUCUCCCAGCAUUCAGGUGCUGGACUAUGGAGAAGCUGUGGCUCUUUAUAACUUCAACGCUGAUUUACCUGUUGAGCUUUCUUUCCGGAAAGGUGAGGUGAUCAGCAUAAGUAGACAGGUUGAUGACAAGUGGCUUGAAGGCAGGAUCUCUGGAACAAACCGGAGCGGCAUCUUCCCAGCUAACUAUGUCCAGGUCAACAAGAUGCCUCGCACCAAAUUCUCUCUGGAUGAUUGCACACCGGGCCCCACCUCUCCCAUCCCCACUGGACCACAGAGUCCAGGACGACCCCUGCACUCCCCCUCACCACGCUCACCGUUGUCGCAUUUCUCUCCCGCUUCUCUGAGCCCAAAGCCCCAGCACUCCCCCGUGACACCGUCCUCACCUGCUCCAUGCGGCUCCCCGGUUCCUGAGUCCCGCUCUCCCGUACAGACUCCUUCACCAGGUCGAACACCCUACGGCACGUACAACGCUGCUCCCUCCCACAACCACAACAGCCACUGGUCUGCUCAGAGCUCCAAAGUGAGAGCUGCGUCUCCUUCCACUCAGUCACCAGCAUAUAUGCACAAAGCAGGAGCUCCGCCAACAAAUGCGCCCAGAUACACUGACGGCUCACAGGGUGCAAUCCCAAACCAGGUUGUUCCUUCAAAUCCACAUGUCUCCUCACUGAACAACAACAGUUCACCAGUGGGGCAACGCCAACUAUUUAAAGCUGUUUACAACUACAAGCCGCAGAAUUCAGAUGAGCUGGAGCUCAGAGAGGGAGAUAUCGUACACGUCAUGGAGAAAUGUGAUGAUGGCUGGUUUGUAGGUACGUCAGAACGGACUCAUACGUUUGGAACUUUUCCUGGGAAUUAUGUGACACCUGUUUAACUUUCUUAACUUAUCACUUGCACACACCCGUCGAGAUUCACUCCCACUCCCAAACACGGAGCAACAAGGCCUGCAUGCAGCUCACACUGUCAGAAAAGAGCCGCUUCAUGACUUCCCCUCUCACCUCCUGCAUGUGUGUGUGCACAUACAGAAAUGUGUGUGUUUGUGGUGCACAGACUUGAAGUGUGUUUUCACACACACCGAUUGAAAAGAAUGAACACUGAUGAGGCUGUGGAAGAUGAUUACGAUGGACAUUUCAAUUUGAAAAUGUUAGGAUAUUUUUUUUGUGUCUUUUUCACAGAAAGCACUGGUUCAGAUUUUAGUGUAUGAUAAUGCUUUCAGCUUUUGCUGCACAGUGCCAUCACAGUUCAGUGCUGAAAUGUGUAAGGAUUGCUUAAAGCUUUUUUUAGAGUAUUAAUGUUUUUCUUAAAUAUGCUCCUCAGAUCUUUGAGAUACCUGAAGAGAGUCUGAAGAAACACCACAGACUUCUGUAAACUGCAGAAUGGUUCAGACAGAAUAAGAUCAGUGGACAUUUAUUGAACGAUGUUAUUAUCAUUGGGAUUUUAAGAAAAAACAGUUGGUUUGCCAAUGCAAAAGUGAAAAAUGGAACAUUAUAUGUGAUGCUGUUAUAGAAUAUUGGUGUUUUUCACCUUUAUAAAUGAUGAAACAUCAACUCUUUGGACUAAAAAGAUUUUUUAAUGAAUAUUUAAGGAAGAUUUAGCUUUUCAUGCCAAAAACAGAGUAUUGUGUCUUUGGCAAACUGUGCAUAGAAAAUUCCUACUCAUUUCUUUACUUUCUACAGCUGCUUUUGAAUUUAUCUUUUGGUUGUGAGGCUAAUGUGGUCUCUUUAAACAGAAACAGUAUUUUAAAAACUUCUCCAAAUCUGUGCCAGUCAACAAUUUUGACAAGUUUGGAAAAAAAAAUGAACUUGAAACCCUGAUUGUUAGUCUCAUUUUGGAGUUUUACAUGAUAAAUGCAUGAUUAUCCUUAUUUUGUAGAAACUGCGGAUGAUUGUACAGAUUGUGACGGUUUCUAAAGCUGAAAGUAUAAUAUAUAUUUGCUUCAAAUGUACUGGAUAUAUAUGGUACACAAUUUAUAUAUAAAUAAAAUUUAAACAAUAAAGAGUGAUACCUGAAGUGA